AUGAACGUUUUGUUGUCGUCGCAACCGCCAGUCUUCCCUCACCAUCACGAAAACCCUCGCUUGUCCCCUCAACGCUCUGCUUCACCACUGCUCAGCAUGGCAAAUCGGAAGCGAAAAGCUGACGAUGACGGGGAUGAGACCAUGUCCCCAUUGAGCUCGCCUGCCAUCUCUGCCAGACCACUUGCCCGCCCGUCGAAAAAGGUCAGAUCCAACGAGCUCACUGGUCGACCCCUUGCGCUUCCCCGACUCCUUGAGACUCUCGAUGCCAGCCAGCUGAGGAUGGUGCUGGAAAGGAUAUGCGAUCACCAUCCGGAUAUUGGCCAGGAAGUUGUCUCUGGAGCUCCUCGACCUUCGGUGUCUUCUUCCCUAAACGUUUUGCGGGACUAUCACAACAAGCUAAAGGAAGCCGUACCCUAUGGUGAAUCCAGUCCCGAGUAUACCUAUUACCGAGUCAAGGAACCCUUGGUGGCCCUCAUAGAUGCCCUGUCCGAUUUUACACCUCAAUAUCUCCCGCCUACCGAGACACAACCGACUACAUCGCUACAAUUUCUUGACGGUGCCACGAAGCUUAUCCACGAACUUCCCGACUGGGAACCCCAGGCCUAUCGCCACCACAAGGAGACGGCAUACGAUGACAUUUCUCGAGCCUGGGCUUUGGUCAUCACUGAGGCCGGCAAACGAGGCGGCGGAUUCAACUUGCAUACCGGCCGAUGGGACCAGACCCUGGCUCAGCACAAUGAACAAUCAGGGGGGCGCCUCGGCACCGCCAUGUCCGCUAUGGCCAACAGUGUAGGUUGGAUGGGCCCUGGAGCGAACGCACAAGGAAACUCGUCGGAACAACAUUCAAUUUUGAAUCAACUCAUGUCCGGUGCUUAUGGAUCUCCUGUGCGGGUUGGACCCUGGUGA